AUGAAAGAUUUUGUUCUUAGUCUUGAAGAUGAAGAUGACAAUUACAUAGGAUAUAGAUCAUGUGAAUCUGCUGAAGACGAUAAAGUUAAUGACUCACCAACUGAAAUUUCGAAGGAAACAACAAAAAAGGAGGUACUAGUAAAAGAAUCAUCAGGUGAAAGUGCUGAAGAUGAUAUAGAAGAAGACAAAUUAACAAUUCCAACAGAGAAGACAAGUAAAGUGUCAAGUAAAAGUACUAAAAAUAAAACAGCGAAACACUCGUCAAGUAAAAGUACUAAAGAGAAAACAGACGAUACAAUUAAUGAUUCACCAACUAAAAUUUCGAAGGAAACAACAGGAAAAGAGGUACCAGAAAAAGAAUCAUCAGGUGAAAGUGCUGAAGAUGAUAUAGAAGAAGACAAAUCAUCAAUUCCAACUGAGAAGUCAAGUAAAGUGUCAAGUAAAGUGUCAAGUAAAAGUACUAAAAAGAUAACAGCAAAACACUCGUCAAGUAAAAGUACUAAAGAGAAAACAGACGUUACAAUUAAUGACUCUGCAACUAAAAUUUCGAAGGAAACAACAGGAAAAGAGGUACCAGCAAAAGAAUCAUCAGGUGAAAGUGCUGAAGAUGAUAUAGAAGAAGACAAAUCAACAAUUCCAACAGAGAAGUCAAGUAAAGUGUCAAGUAAAAGUACUAAAAAGAAAACAGCAAAACACUCGUCAAGUAAAAGUUCUAAAGAGAAAACAGACAAUACAGUUAAUGACUCACCAACUAAAAUUUCGAACAAAACAACAGAAAAAGAGGUACCAGCCAAAGAAUCGUCAGGUGACAGUGCUGAAGAUGAUAUAGAAGAAGACAAAUCAACAAUUCCAACAGAGAAGUCAAGAAAAGUGUCAAGUAAAAGUACUAAAAAGAAAACAGCAAAACACUCGUCAAGAAAAAGUUCUAAAGAGAAAACAGACGAUACAAUUAAUGACUCACCAAUUAAAAGUUCGAAGGAAACAACAGGAAAAGAGGUACCAGCAAAAGAAUCAUCAGGUGAAAGUGCUGAAGAUGAUAUAGAAGAAGACAAAUCAACAAUUCUAACAGAGCAGUCAAGUAAAGUGUCAAGUAAAAGUACUAAAAAGAAAACAGCAAAACACUCGUCAAGAAAAAGUGCUAAAGAGAAAACAGACGAUACAGUUAAUGACUCAUCAACUAAAAUUUCGAACAAAACAACAGAAAAAGAGGUACCAGCCAAAGAAUCGUCAGGCGAAAGUGCUGAAGAUGAUAUAGAAGAAGACGAAUCAACAAUUCCAACAGAGAAGUCAAGUAAAGUGUCAAAUAAAAGUACUAAAAAGAAAACAGCAAAACACUCGUCAAGUAAAAGUACUAAAGAGAAAACGGGCGAUACAGUUAAUGACUCACCAACUAACAUUUGGAACGAAACAACAGAAAAAGAGGUACCAGCAAAAGAAUCAUCAGGUGAAAGUGCUGAAGAUGAUAUAGAAGAAGACAAAUCAACAAUUCCAACAGAGAAGUCAAGUAAAGUGUCAAGUAAAAGUACUAAAAUGAAAACAGCAAAACACUCGUCAAGUAAAAGUACUAAAGAGAAAACAGACAAUACAGUUAAUGACUCACCAACUAAAAUUUCGAAGGAAACAACAGGAAAAGAGGUACCAGCCAAAGAAUCGUCAGGCGAAAGUGCUGAAGAUGAUAUAGAAGAAGACGAAUCAACAAUUCCAACAGAGAAGUCAAGUAAAGUGUCAAAUAAAAGUACUAAAAAGAAAACAGCAAAACACUCGUCAAGUAAAAGUACUAAAGAGAAAACGGGCGAUACAGUUAAUGACUCACCAACUAACAUUUGGAACGAAACAACAGAAAAAGAGGUACCAGCCAAAGAAUCGUCAGGUGACAGUGCUGAAGAUGAUAUAGAAGAAGACAAAUCAACAAUUCCAACAGAGAAGUCAAGAAAAGUGUCAAGUAAAAGUACUAAAAAGAAAACAGCAAAACACUCGUCAAGAAAAAGUUCUAAAGAGAAAACAGACGAUACAAUUAAUGACUCACCAAUUAAAAGUUCGAAGGAAACAACAGGAAAAGAGGUACCAGCAAGAGAAUCAUCAGGUGAAAGUGCUGAAGAUGAUAUAGAAGAAGACAAAUCAACAAUUCAAACAGAGCAGUCAAGUAAAGUGUCAAGUAAAAGUACUAAAAAGAAAACAGCAAAACACUCGUCAAGUAAAAGUGCUAAAGAGAAAACAGACGAUACAGUUAAUGACUCAUCAACUAAAAUUUCGAACAAAACAACAGGAAAAGAGGUACCAGCAAAAGAAUCAUCAGGUGAAAGUGCUGAAGAUGAUAUAGAAGAAGACAAAUUAACAAUUCCAACAGAGAAGUCAAGUAAAGUGUCAAGUAAAAGUACUAAAAAGAAAACAGCAAAACACUCGUCAAGUAAAAGUACUAAAGAGAAAACAGACAAUACAGUUAAUGACUCACCAACUAAAAUUUCGAACAAAACAACAGAAAAAGAGGUACCAGCCAAAGAAUCGUCAGGUGACAGUGCUGAAGAUGAUAUAGAAGAAGACAAAUCAACAAUUCCAACAGAGAAGUCAAGAAAAGUGUCAAGUAAAAGUACUAAAAAGAAAACAGCAAAAAACUCGUCAAGAAAAAGUUCUAGAGAGAAAACAGACGAUACAAUUAAUGACUCACCAAUUAAAAGUUCGAAGGAAACAACAGGAAAAGAGGUACCAGCCAAAGAAUCAUCAGGUGAAAGUGCUGAAAAUGAUAUAGAAGAAGACAAAUCAACAAUUCUAACAGAGCAGUCAAGUAAAGUGUCAAGUAAAAGUACUAAAAAGAAAACAGCAAAACACUCGUCAAGUAAAAGUGCUAAAGAGAAAACAGACGAUACAGUUAAUGACUCAUCAACUAAAAUUUCGAACAAAACAACAGAAAAAGAGGUACCAGCCAAAGAAUCGUCAGGCGACAGUGCUGAAGAUGAUAUAGAAGAAGACGAAUCAACAAUUCCAACAGAGAAGUCAAGUAAAGUGUCAAGUAAAAGUACUAAAAUGAAAACAGCAAAACACUCGUCAAGUAAAAGUACUAAAGAGAAAACGGGCGAUACAGUUAAUGACUCACCAACUAACAGUUGGAACGAAACAACAGAAAAAGAGGUACCAGCAAAAGAAUCAUCAGGUGAAAGUGCUGAAGAUGAUAUAGAAGAAGACAAAUCAACAAUUCCGAAAGAGAAGUCAAGUAAAGUGUCAAGUAAAAGUACUAAAAUGAAAACAGCAAAUACUUCGUCAAGUAAAAGUACGAAAGAGAACGCAGCAAAUAACUCGUCAAGUAAAAGUAAUAAAAUGAAACUGUCUAAAGGGGAAACAAAACGUGACCAUGCAAAAGAUUUUUCGGACGAAGACUCAUCAAGAAAAAAUGUCACAGACAGGACGGUAAAAAACACAUCAAGAAAGAGUACCAGAGAGGAAACAAGGAACAGCACGUCAAGAUAUAAUACUGAAAAGAGAACAGGAAAUGACGCAUCGAAUAAAAAUGCUGAACAGGACACAGGAAAAAACGCAUCAAUUAAAAACACUGAAGAGAAAAUUGAUGCAUGGAUAACUUCAAGUUCUUCAACUGUCCCCUCCACAACACCUCCAGCAUGUAAUUGGGAAAAUACACAUUUGUCUAAAUAUAUAACAAACAAAAGUAAUAAUCAAGAUUGGGCAAACUUGACAACAGAUGAAAAGGUUGCACACCUUGUCGCUAAACUUCGAGUAGACAAAACAAAACUGUCUGCAACUGUGAGGAAGAAAACGAGUGCUAAAGAUGACAGAUUAGUCAGCAGAAUAAUUGGAUAUAUUGCCGUUGUCUUAAUGGGUUCUGUACCCGGAUGUUUCGUCGUUUUAGAUGGAAUUACCUUCCUGAAAUAUAUAACUAAAAAGAACCAAAUUUCACCGGGAAUUGUAAACGCAGCAGCGAUAAAAGAAUCUGUUGUAUGAAAAUAUAAUCACAGUAAAAAAGUCGAAUAUUCACCGCUAUGAGACAGCAAAGUCAGUCGAUAUUUGUGAAUCUUCAACUGUAACGCUAUAACCAUUUGAUAUGUAACGCUAUAAGGUAAGUUCAGAAAGCAUAACAAGAUAAAUAUCAAAAUAUUGAAAGUGUUUUGAAAUAAGACUCGUUUAAUAUGCAUAGGACAUUAAGAUCUGAAUACAUUUAUUCAGUUGAAUACUUUAUUUUCUAAGAUUGAAAUUAUCUUAGCAUGACAGAAAAUUUAAUGAUGAUUAUACAUGCACACGAACAUUUGAAGUUGGACUAAUCAAGAGACGUAUAACCGGUAUAAUUAAUCUUGUGAAGUAUAACGUGUGAACACACAACAACAUUUUAGCAGGUACUAUUGAUGCACACUUCUUUUGAAGUUGCUCGUUGGUGAGUUAGAAAGAUAAUAAAGACUUCGAAACUUCUAACUUACAGCCGACUGAACAAAACAGAGCCGAGCAUUUAAUAUCAUCCCUUCUGUAAGUGGAUCAAAGAUCUUUGCGCCUGUUUCCACUUUUACUAUUUUAUUCGGGUAGACAGAUUUAUUUUAUUCAUUUGAAAUUUAAAAUUGUGUUAAAAAGA